UCUUCUACACGCCCCCCUUUCACUCUGUCAUCUGCCACGCCCCUCCCACCGCCGAAUAACGCUCUAGCUAUGGAACCUCCACCCAUCUCUAAUUCAGCCCGCAACUUAAUCCUCUCAGGUGCGGAUAUUGACCUCAUUUCACUCCUCUCACCUAUAGCACCCCCUGCGGCAGAACGCCAGGUUGAUUGCGGCGAAUUUUCAGUAUCCCUCAAAUCUUCAGUUAAUAAUCAGUCCCGCACCCUAACCUUAGCCGAAUUUAGCAUAGCCUUUUCAAGAUUCACCGACAUAAUUUGUUCAGUAUAUCCCCAUAGGAGACGCGAGCUUAAUGAUUACAUGGCCAUUAUUGCCGAGCUCGCGCUAUCCUAUGGGGGCACCCACUUUUUCACUUACCACAAGCUAUUCUCUGCUAAAUGCGCUCUGCGCGUUACCCAGUGGAAUCAGUGUCCCUACUGGGGGGCUUUGGACACUGAGCUCCACAACAGGGUAUUUUUGGGUUGCCGCAAUCUAACCUGUGCUGUCUGUCGCUCCUGUCUGCACCCCACUACCUCCUGUCCUUUAGUUAACCCUCUUCCUGAUCCAACUCAACCUCCUUCUAAAUCUACCAGCUACGUUCCUAACCCUUCCAGUCGUAACAUUUCUUCUAUUUUGUCUAUCCCUACUAAACCCUCCCUUCCUAGCCGUGACAUCUGCCACAACUUCAACAUGGGUAGAUGUCAUAGGAUGCCAUGCAGAUACCUUCACCUGUGCUCCUACUGUGGCGGCGCCCACGCCAAGAUAAUCUGCCAAAUCCUAAGAGCUAAUAAUAAAAAAUCAAAAAAUUAUUUGUCGACUCCUGUGAAUAUUUCUAACCUUGCUCGGGAACUAAAGUCUCACCCUGAUACUAACUUUUCUGAUUUUCUCAUUGCAGGUCUAACCCACGGAUUCCACCCAGAAAUUCUGGCAACUGGCCCCGGAAGCAGACCCUCACCCAACGCCUGUACCUCCGUAUUCAGAAACGAUAUUGCCAUAAACCACCCACUUCAUAAUCUUCACCAAACUUCUCUAUCUCUCAUCCUGCAAGCAAUAGCUCCUAGAACCCUCAAUGCAUACCUCACAGCAUGGAAUUCGUUCAAACAAUUCCAUAUUCUACACCAACUUCCUUUUCCUGAUUUUUCUCUCCUCUCUAUCACUUCCUUUAUAUCCCACCUUCACACCGCAAAUCACCUACAAGCCAGUUCAAUAAAGAGCUACCUUAGCGGGAUCCAGUUCUUUCACAAAUUAAUCCAUGGGUCUCCUUCCGACGCCAUCACAAAUUCGCAAACCUCCCUUCUUAUCAAGGGUAUUUAGAAAAACCACCCCACCAGCCCUGAUGCCAGACAACCCAUCACACUCAAAAUCCUUACCUCAUGCAUCUACACCCUUCGCAAAGGGUAUAUUUCCUCCCAUACAGCCCGCACCUUAGAUGCUAUGUUUAAUCUAGCAUUUUUUGGGUUUCUUAGAUGUUCCGAAUUAACAGUUACAUCUAAAUUUAACCCUCUACUCCACCCCACCAUCUCAGAUCUAGCUUUGCAAGAUAAGGAAACCAUCUCUUUCCUUAUCAAACAAAGCAAAACAGAUCAAACCCAGAAAGGACACUCUAUCCUCAUUUUCGACAUACCUUCUCCUACUCGCCCAUUCCAAACCCUCCUAGCCUAUCUUAAUCUAAGAAAAUCGCAAGAAGCUAACCCUAUGGCCCCGCUUUUUACUGACGACGCUAACCGUCCAGUAUCUCGAUUCUGGUUCCAAAAACACCUUAAAGAAAUUCUUCGCCUAUCAGGUUUUUCCCCAGAGCCUUUUUCCAGCCACUCAUUCAGGAUUGGCGCAGCCACUACAGCAGCCUCUAACGGGCUCUCACACAAUCUGAUCCAGACCCUUGGUCGCUGGUCUUCUGAAGCUUUUAAAUCUUACAUACGCCUCAGUAAAUACCACCUCAAAGAAGCACAACAGGCUCCAACCAACCC